AUGAACAUAUCCCUUCCUUCUCCGUCGUCGACGCCGUCACAGACAUUGCAGAGGAGGCAACAGCCUCCAUCCCCAAUAUUCACAGUCGGCACAGUCGACCAGAUCGACGACGGACAAGUGCAAGGAAGAAUGCACACCGUGCCCAUCAGCAUAGAAAUUACUGCCACUUCGUCUUCGGUGGCAAUCCUCCCACCAGUGACGCAGAUCGGUGAUGGGCAGAUCCAAGGGCCGAUGGCCACCACGGGACAAGCUAGCUCGCCAACGACAGUCACAAUAUGUUCGAGCUCUCGUUCGCCGUUCCCUCCGUUGGCUACUACCAGCAAACCGCCUUCAGUAAUUGAACAAGCUUGUGGCAUUUCGAGAAUUUUGACCUCGCCGACACCCAUUUCAACAACGGUCGCCAUACAACCGCAACGCGGAUCUGCAUUUUCCAGCUAUUUCAAUCCCGGUACUAGUAUCUAUUCCGCCUCUGCUGGCUCUAUCACAACUAAUACAUCGUCGCGAUUAAUCUCAGCAGCGGUACAAUCUCUUUCCACCAGCACCGCAUCCUCGCCACCAGCGGCAGCCUCAUCAUCAUCAUCAGCAGCAGCAGCAGCACCAUCUCCUUUCGCAAGCGAGAGCACCACAGAUGACCUCCCAACCAGACUAUCCCUCGUGUCCUGCCUCACGAACUCUACCUUGAGAUUGCACCUCCAGGACAACAAUCUCUUCGACGGCCUGGACCGCACGGGGUAUAUCGCCUCAAACUACCAAUUCCAAUUCGACGGUCCUCCGCAAUCCGGCGCCAUCUACACCUCCGGGUGGAGCGUGUGUCCGGUGUCAACCUCGCGACAGCAAGUCGAGGAUGGAGCAAGCGACAGCACCAGGAAAAGCGACGGUAAUGGCAAUGGCGACAGCAACGACGAAGCAGCACAAGACGGCGUAAUGACGCUAGCGUUAGGCCCCUCCACCACGUUCUGGCAAUGCCUCAGCGGGGACUUUUACAAUCUCUACACCGAGAACUGGGCCGCGCAGUGCAGUCCCGUGGAAUUGCGGAUCACACGGCUUGUGGAGUGUGGGUGA